AUACUGAGUGUGGAGAGAUAAUAGAUGGUUGUUGGUGACAAAAAGUUUGGUGUGGUAUCGUAUUUAUUAGUAGGGCGGUCUGGGGUAUUCUCUCUCAGAAAAUAUUUGUAUUUUUCUACCCCUAGGACUGCAAUUCGUGCAUUUUCUGAAACAGAUUUUUGGAUAUACAGCGUUACAUCAUGCUGUAUAGAUGGACUGAGUCUUCAGUUAAGUAUUUGCAUGCAUGGUAUACGUUUGUACCACAACUCGGUCAUUCAGUGGAUAGGAAUUAACCUGAUAAACUUAGGGUGCCCGACUCCCACGAGGCCCCGAGCGGGAAAAUUUUGGGUCUCCGGAUAAUCGGAAAUGGCAUUUCCAUUUCCAGAGUCUUCUCUGCCUCUUUCAUUAGGCCCUUUCAUUAAUUAUUUCAUUAUGAUUUGUGAGCCUAUGCUAGAAAUGUUGUUAUUAAAAUAUCGAUUGGCAGAUAUCAACCUUCGUACCCAGGGUAAUUUGAUUAACGUAUAUAUACUAGUAAUUUGAUUAACGUAUAUGGCCCAUAAACUCGGCAUCUCACCAUCUGUUGCAAUCGGACCUUUCAGGCCUUCAUAAUUGGAGUAAUUACUGGGGCAUGACGUUCAACCCAUCCAAGUGCAAAGUGAUGCACAUGUCUCGGAAAAAGGUCUGCUCCUCUGCUUCACUCCAAUACCACCUGAACGACAAGCCCCUGGAAAGUGUGACACACAUCUCUGACCUGGGUGUCAUCGUAUCCAAAGACCUCUCCUGGGCUAAUCAUAUUGAAGACAUAUGCACCAAGGCCAAUAAAACCCUUGGUCUAAUUAAGCGGGUGUGUGCUAGAGACGUUGUGGAUGCUAAUACGCGGAAGCUUCUCUAUUGUGCUGUUGUACGACCUAAGCUUGAGUACGCGUCGUGUGUGUGGUCACCUUACUCGGCUAAACAACGUAAAUUAAUAGAGAACGUUCAACGCAGAGCAACGAAAUUUAUUCUGAACUACCCUUCUCGUGAUGUUACCUACAGAGACAGACUAAUAUCCCUAAACUUUCUCCCACUUGAACACAGGCGUGAACUUUAUGACCUAACACUAUUAUACAAAAUCAAAUACAACCUUAUUAAUGUCACCUUUAACAUUACCUUACACCUGCAACUAACCCCUAUGCCACACGCAACUUCGACCCUAACAACUAUAACAUAAUCGUCUCCAAUAAUCAAGAAUUCUUCCGACAAUCCUAUUUCCCACGCACUGUCAUUCUCUGGAACAAUCUACCACCGAACAUCAAAGCCGCCCAUUCCCUACAGAUCUUCAAGCACCAUCUACAAUCUUAUUACAAAGCCAAACUGUUUACCUACAUACCACCAUAGUUAAUCUUGUUCUAUAAUUCGUUGUACAGUAUCCUAUAUGUUAACUUCCAUGUAAUCUGUGAUAUGUUCGUGCAUAAUUGUCCUACUAGUACGUCUCGUUAUCUAUUAAUUGUUAAGGGGUCGAAUAUCAAUUGGAAUUUAGUUUCUGUUUUCUUCUCCUGUCGCAGCAUUCUCUAGUUAUUGUUAUUGUUAUCUCUACGUAAAUGUAUAUCUUUAAUGUGUGUGACAAAAUGAAUAAAUAAAUAAAAAAUAAAUACGAUUUCAAAUACUUCUAGUUUCGAAUUCAAUUGGGUAGUUGUUUUUUUUUUGGGGGGGGGAAGCUAUUCCGCCCCCACCACCUUUAUAAAACAUUGGGUUGGGGGCCCGCGCUGCUUCUUACGCCCCUGUGGUCACUAAUUUGUUUAGCCGAGCCUUCCAACAACUCAAGUCUGCAAUCAACAGGAAAAUAAAUGUUUAAAAUCUAAUAAGAUUCACAAAGCAAAUUUCAGUUACUAGAAUGUCAAAACCGAUAUGCCUUCUAAAUUUCAUGUUUUGCUUAUAUUUUAGGGAAAAGGGACUUUGACUCAUGGGGGGAAUGGUUGAGUGUGGGACAACAUGAGGGCUGAUGGGCUUUUUAUAUUGAUAAAAAAUGCCCUAUGUUUACAUGAGACCAAGACGAAACCAGAGCGGGAAGAUUUCCCUUGUCACACCCCUCGCUGUCCAUUUUUUUUUGUUUUUCAGAUGCGGGCGAAUUAUCAAAACGAGCGAUCGAGACUGCUCAAAUAACCUUCCGAAAAUUGAAAUCAUCAUUUAUCAAGCUGGCAGCAAAAGGUAAAUGGGGAACGGCUUUGCCGGGAAGGCCUGAACGAGAAUUAUAUUUAUUUAGCUCCCGAAGAAAAUUACGCCCUUAAUUUACAUAAAAAGAAUAGUCUGAGAAUGGGGUUAACUGGUUACUUACAAUUGCUGGAGAAUUUUGUAGAUGGAAAUUUCCAGUGUAAAUUCUACACAUUAUAUAUAAAUUAUAGCUAUAUAUAAAUUAUGUAAUAUCCUAAAUGACAAACGAUGAACUAAUUUGAAACUGACAUCUUACAAAGGAAAGCUGCAGACUAACGACAAACAGCAAUUUGCAGCAAUAUUAAUGAGUUUGAUAAUUCCAAAUCUUAUGCUGUAUUUGAAGUUUAUUCCUCAAAUCUUUUGUAAUAGAUUCGGCGAAACAAGACAUAGUAUUUGUCAUGGAUAAAUCUGGAAGCAUUGGCUCAAGUAACUUUGUCUUGGAAAAAAAAUUUGUUGAAAAUUUGAUUGAAUAUUUCCCAAUUUUUCCCACCAAGACUCGAGUGGCUGUCAUUACAUAUUCCACUACCGUGAAGUUGGAGUUCAACUUUAAUAAAUAUAUCAAUAAGGAAUGUUUACGAAAAGGCAUUCAAGGUAUUAGGUAAGGGGUGCACAGUUGAACCAUCCUAGAGAUUAUAUAGAGACUGAAUAAUACAUGGGUGCGCGCGGAAACACCUCUUUGUAUUUCCAAGCAUCCAUGUAUUUUUCUGUUUAUUAUAUAAAGGACAGUCUUUGAAAAGCGAUAACUUUUACAGAAAAGCGAUAAUUGAAAAGCGAUAAUUUUCACAUGUGAGAUUAUCACUUUUAUCAGUGCUCGAAAACUCCAUAAAGCACUAUACUUUAUAUAAUAAAAAAUAAUAAAGUGGGUAAAGUUUCAAAGAAUGAUUGUUUACUCCACAGGUACACAGGUGGUACCACGGCCACUGGUUCUGCCCUUCAAUUCGUCAAAAACAAUCUGCUAUUCAACAGUGCUGCGGGAGCCAGAACCGAUGCCACGAAAGUGAUUUACGUGCUCACGGAUGGUAAAUCUAACGUGGGCGUCAAACCUGGCAUUCCUGCAGGCCAGCUAAAACAAAGGCGGGUCGUUAUCUUUGCCAUGGGAGUGACGAGCAGUAUUAGGGAAAGUGAGCUGCUAGAAAUAGCUACUUCAAAAGAUCACGUGUUCCAUGUUAAGGAUUACGAAGCAUUAGAUGAAGUUACGCAAUUGUUACAGGGGGGUGAGUCAAUCACUAAUUUUAGAGACCGGUUUAAUUUAAAGGGGCGCCGCCGAAGUUAUUUUUUCUCACAUGCAGAUCUGAACACUAGGACUGGAUAAAGUAUCUGCUCUGCCAAUGGUGGCCACAUUGAUGUGACUACCGAAAAUUGACAGUGGUGUUACUGACAUAUUAGGAGAGGUUCUUGAAGUUCUUGGUGAUUGGUAGGAAUAAAAAAAUAUGGCUUAGAGAGAAAUUUGACAGUGAAUAAUUGAUGAUCGGUUAUACCAAAUAGACUCACAAAUGCACGUGCAAGCAGGGGCGCCGGAAGCAAUAUGAAGCGGUGGGGGCAGCCAUUUUAAAAGGGCAAUUGCUUCUCAGCCAUUAUUUUUUCUGGGCGGCAAUAUUUGUCAAAACUUUACUGUAUGGAUACUCGAUUACUUGUGGCUAUUAUGGGUCUGCAAACUUCGACAUUAAUUUUGAACAAUUUUAUUCGUUGAUGACAAUGAUGAUAACAAUAUUUAAAAUCAGGUCAUUUCAAACUUUCGUAAUACUACGACGAACAUUUGAGUCAACUUGUGACCGGUGCCCCGCGCACAGUGAAUGACGCGCAAAUGACACUUAAUAUAUGUAAACAAGAUGGCGCAAAAUCGACCUAUUAAAGCGAACUUAUACGUUUUGCCAAAGAGUACAGUGACUACACUCCUAGGCCUUCGUCCAAAUGCUCCAAAAAGUCCGCAAAGGAUAAUAAUCUUAACAAAUCCAGCUUAUCCGUUUCAAGUUCAUUAUACUAUGUAGUUACACUGCAUGACGAGUUCUGCCAGGUAUUUAAAAGCCAUUUGACUGGGUUUCCACCUUUAGUACGUUUGAAAGCAGCGUGAAGAGAAAUUAUCUUUGUCUUGAAUGCUUGAACUAAGCGUCUGCUAAGCGUGACACCUCGUAUGCCACUCUCCAAAAGGAUGUUAUUGGCAAUAAUGGCUAACUAAGACGCAUACGUUUGACCUUCUUGUCGCUUGUACUCUGUUGACAAUUUGUAAAUCAAGAAACUGCACGCUUAUAUAAAUCAGAAAGAUACUCAUAAAUAAACAGAAUUUUCCAAGACCUCAAUUAAUAAAGACUACUGUACAAACGAGUACGCGCGAAUGGGGCGUGUUAUGAAAAGGGGCGUUUUACAAAAUACCGGGCCUUUACCGGGCCUUGCUUGCAGGCCUACUAUCAGUUCCCUUGGGCCUGCACGCGGGCUAUCCACAAACUCACUUGCUUAUUUAUGCAUCAGUCAAAUCCAAGCGUGCCCAUCCCCCCGGGCUACCCCAGGGCAUUUUCCUAUAAAGAACGUCCCGGGGUUUGGGCAUUUGAACUCAAACCUUUGCCCGGGGGCGGGGCAUUUGAAAUUCUUUGGAUUACUUUAUACGUGCCCAAAAUACCAUGAUGUAUAAAACCUGUCAAGUUGUCAAAUAUAAAACGCUAAAAUUCGAACCAGGCCAAACUUUAAAAAUAAUUGCGCUAGAGCAUGACGAAAACGCGCUAGAGUAUGACGCACAAUGCUUGGUAGCCUGUGUAGAAAAUAAUAAGCAAUUAUUGGAUGAGGCUGAGCAUGAUAUCAAGAAUUAUUCAGACCGAGGUCAAUGUUAUCUGCCGAAGCGAAGCUGAGGCGGAUAACAUGGACCGAGGUCUGAAUAAUUCUUGAUAUCAUGCGAAAACCGAAUCCAAUAAUUGUUUUAUUAUACAUUUAAAGACAUGAGAAACGUAUAAAACGCUUCCUGUUCAUGAGGUAGGAAAAGUACAAUUUGAAUAUCAAUACCUUGCACAAAGUCAAAGGUCAGCUAAAUAUUCUAUUUCUACUUCUAUUUACCCCUUUGUGGCUUUUUUCGUGCUUUCACUAUCCUUAUCUGCCAAUAAUUUGGAGAGUUCAUUUCAUUCAGCGAAGCAAAUCUGCUGUACUAGGCCAUUGUUUGUUUGUUUUUUUCGCUCGCUUAUAGGUUCAAGCUUUUGGCCGCGCAAGGGUUUGGGCACGAGAGCGUCCAAUAAUUUUUUUUUUGGAUGCAAGUUCGAUCCAAAAAAACAAUUAUUGGACGCUGAUGACGUCAUCGGCGAAAAAUAUGUAAUAAAUGCCGAAUACUGAAAAUUAGCCGGUGCUUUCUGACCAAUUAGAAACGAGAAUACAUAUUAAAUGUAUAAUAAUUGACAUUAUCGCGAUAAAUUAUGCAUGACGUAGAAAUUAUGCAUGACGUAAUGAUGGCGCAAUGUGCUGUUUUUGUAAUCUGUAUGUUUUGAAGUUCUGAUCGAGGUUUAUCAAGAAAAUAAUCAACAUUUAUCGAAGUUUAUCAGAAGUAAUCAACAUUUUAUUUCAUGGUGCCGACUCCCGGGAAGUAUUGAGUCUAAUUUAGAGCAAAUUCAAGUGUUUAAAGUUGGAAUUUUAUCGAAAUAUUUGUAUUGAAUCUCGUUGAAAUAUAUCAAGUAUGGCGGAUGUCAAGAAGAAAAUCAAGGCACGUCAAGGCCAUCGUACAUUUGUAGAAAGCGUUAUGACAAAAUCCCGUGAGUUGAUUGCUGGUGAAAUUACUGAAGAUAUCUGUCGGAAGCUACAAGUAAAUAAACGAAUUUUAGAAGGUAAAAUUGCUCUCUUGGAAAGUAUAAAUGGUGAAAUUGUCGAUCUUUUGAACGCGAAAGAUAAUAUCGAGAAGGAAAUUAUUGAUAGCUCAGAGUUUAAUGCCACAGUCGACGAAUGCCUCGUUCAAAUUGAUAUUGUAUUGACGGAAAGUGCAAAAGUUCAAGUGAGUCCACAUCAACCAGUUCUUACACCAAGUACUGCACCUAUCAAGGCUAAAUUACCUAAGUUGUCUCUGAAUAAAUUCUUGGGUAAUCCUGUUGACUGGCAGGCAUUUUGGGAUUCGUUCGAUUCUGCAGUUGGGUCAAACUCGUCAUUAAGUGAUGUGGACAAAUUCAAUUACUUGAAAUCAUUAUUACAUGGUUCUGCAGCAGAAACAAUCAGUGGAUUUUCGCUUACAAAGGAAAAUUAUUGUGAAGCUAUCAAAUUACUAAAAGAAAGAUAUGGGAAUAAGCAAGUUGUUAUUUCAAGUCAAAUGGAUUCCUUGUUGAAAUUGCCCGAAGCUACAUCAAUGGGUGAGGUGAAGAAACUGAGAAAUAUUUAUGACAAGUUGGAAUCGCAUGUUCGAAGUCUACGAAAUGUUGGUGUUUCUCCAGAUACAUAUGGUUCAUUUCUUGCUCCAGUUGUUAUGUCAAAGAUUCCAGAAGAAUUGAGGAUUAUUAUUACGAGGGAUUUGCCAUCUGGUGAGUGGAAAUUAGAACCACUUCUCAAGAUAUUUAAUACAGAAUUGCAACUGCGAGAGAAAUGUACCCUUGUCAGUGGUACUGGUCAGCGGAAAGAACAACAUUUCAGUCAAAGAGACAAAGGGAAAUAUAUCAAUCGUUAUCAAUCAUCUACAGCUGCCUUGCUAACAGAGAACAAGAGUGUUCAAUCAAGGGAAAGGGCCAUGGUGUACAUUUUGUAAUGGGAACCAUCCAUCAUCUAACUGUACGAUUGUGACCGAUAUCUCUGCUAGGAAGCAGAUUCUGCGUCGACGGGGUAAGUGCUUCAAAUGUCUUAAAACUGGCCACUUAGUUAGAGAUUGCAAAUCGGGAAAACCCUGUUAUAACUGUGGUAAUAAUCAUCAUACAUCCAUAUGUGAAACCCGUAGUAAGCCUAAGACCUACACCCCACAAUCAAUUAGCCCAAAUAUACCACAACAAAGAAAUCCUCCAUUUGUACCCUUAUGUCCAUCAACAAACAUGCUUGUACAUCAACCCCCAUACUACCCAGUUGGCCCACCUUGUCAUUCCAAUACCCCACAUGUACCAAAUGCCUCUGCAUUUCCAUUUACACCACAACAGACAAAUAUAUCAUCCAGCAACCCAUUUGUACCAACCUAUCCAGCAACAAACAUGCAUGCACCUCAAUUUCCAUACUCCCCAGGUAAUCCAGUUUGUCCCGCAAGUACCCUCCACCCACCAAACUCAGUUGUUACACCACAAUUUGAUUCUGAAGCCAUCGGAACACCAUCAACCAGUAUGUUUGUUAGUACAAAAAAUAAUGUGCUCUUACAAACUGCUAGAGCUCAAGUGUCACAUGUGGAAACACCUGGUAGCACACAGAAUAUUAGAAUGAUUUUUGAUAGCUGUAGCCAGCGGAGUUAUGUGACAGAAAGACUCCAGAAAUCCCUAGGCCUCCCUUCGAGUGGUAGUGAUACCUUGUUGAUAAAAACCUUUGGCGAGUCGCAUGCCCAACUGAGGAAGUGUGACAUUGUCCAACUAGCGAUCAAGACUCCAAGUAGGGAAAGAGUUUAUGUUACUGCCUACGUUGUGCCCACCAUCUGUUCACCCAUUAGUAACCAAUCCAUUAAUUUGCAUCAACAUCAGUACAGUCAUUUACAAUCAUUGAAGUUGGCAGAUGACAUAACCCACUCAUCAGAUCUGAAUAUCGAUUUAUUAAUUGGUGCUGAUUAUUAUUGGUCGUUAGUCUCUGGGGAAGUUGUUCGUAGUGAUUCUGGUUCGGGUCCAGUUGCAUUGAGUACCAAAUUGGGUUAUGUUCUAUCAGGUCCUGUUCAAGGUGAAAGCUGUACAAAUGAGUCGACUGUGAAUCUUAGUGAGACCCAUGUUCUAAGGGUAGUAUCUGAAGUUGUUCAAGAGAACACACUUGAACAAGAUAUCAAAACAUUCUGGGACUUAGAAUCUCUUGGAAUAAAGUCGAAUGAGCCAGCUGUUUAUGACAAAUUCUUAAACGAUAUCACAUUUGAUGGUGAAAGAUAUGAAGUCAGACUGCCCUUUAAGGAAACCCAUCCACCACUGCCAGACAACUAUCAGUUGAGUAAGACAAGAUUGGAAAGUCUUGUGCGACGUCUUAAGUCAAGUCCAGAAUUGUUAAGACAGUAUGAUCAAGUCAUUCAGGAACAACUUCAAGUCAACAUUAUUGAACCAGUAUCUAAUGAAGAAAGAUUCACUAAGAAAGAUUCACCAAGAAGGAUUCACUACCUGCCUCACCGAGCGGUUCUACGUGCGGAUAAGAAGACAAGUAAGCUUCGUGUCGUGUACGAUGCGUCUGCAAAGAAGGACGGUCCAAGUUUAAAUGACUGUUUGUAUGCAGGGCCAUCUCUCACUCCAUUAAUCUUUGAUAUUUUAUUGAGAUUUCGCCUGCAGAGCAUUGGCAUCACAAGCGAUAUUGAAAAGGCAUUCUUAAAUGUCUCAAUUGCACCAGAUGAUCGAGAUUUUCUACGGUUUCUUUGGAUAGACGACAUAACAAAGGACAAUCCAGAAAUUGUUAUCAGAAGAUUCACAAGAGUUGUCUUUGGGAUUAACUCGAGCCCUUUUCUGUUAAACGGAACAAUCAGUCACCACGUAAAUUCCUACAAGGAUAUAGAUCCUGAUUUUGUUGAAGAAGUGCUCAAAUCGUUGUAUGUCGAUGAUUUCGCAUCAUCAGCCUCAAGUGUAUCCGAGGCUUAUUCAUUGUACGACAAGUUGAAGAAAAGAUUUAAGGACGGAGGUUUUAAUAUGCGUAAAUGGCAAACGAACAGCGACGUAUUGGGGAAGAAGAUUGCCAGCAGUGAAGGGUCUGAUGCGACCAAGACAUGCGAGGAUUGGGAAGAAGAUCAGAGCUACUCGAAGACAGGUUUACCACAAGCGAAUCCUGAGGAAGAGUUCCCAAAGGUUCUCGGCAUAACCUGGAAUACAAAGAGCGACAAGUUGGUAUUCAGUUUUGACGGACUGACUAUGUAUCUGACAGAAGAAUCAGUUACAAAACGAAUUGUGUUAAGUUCAAUCGCUAAGGUGUACGACCCUCUUGGACUUUUGUCCCCCAUUACGACCGUACUUAAAAUACUGUUUCAAGCCAUUUGCAAGGACAAGAACAUUACCUGGGAUGAUGUUCUCGAAGAUGAGACAGCGAAAUCGUGGAAAUCCGCGUUGACUAAUAUGAAAGAAACCUCGACAGUCGAUUUGAAUCGAUGCUAUAGCCCUCAGAUUGAUCGAAAGGAAAUCAGAUCAGUAGAAUUACACGGAUUCGGUGACGCUUCGGAGAAAGCGUACGGAGGAGUAGUGUAUAUUCGUAUCAGAACAGGAACGCUUGUUUCGUGUCAACUCGUUGCAUCCAAGUCAAAAGUCGCUCCCAUAGGGGGAGAAACAAUUCCGAGGCUAGAACUGUUAUCAGGGCUGGUGCUUGCAAGAUUAAUGUCACAUGUUCGACGUGAACUGGAAGGAAAAUACAAGAUUGAUCGCGUUGUCUGUUGGUUGGAUUCAGAGAUUGCCCUGUGGUGGAUUACAGGGACGGAAAAGAGUAUAAACUGUUUAUUCAAAAUCGAGUUGUAGAAAUUAGGAAGUUAAUUGAUCCGAAAUCGUGGCGUCAUGUGCCAACCGACCAAAAUCCCGCGGACGUUCUUUCUCGUGGUUCACUUGCAUCGGAAUUGAAAGAAAUGCGUAGUUGGUGGUGUGGUCCGGACUUCCUGCAAGGUGACGAGUCUGGCUGGCCAAAGAAUACCAAGUUUCAAGGGGAUAAUUUCGCAGCUCAAUUGCCCGAAUUUGAAGAAAUACAAUCUGUGUCUACAACCUUGGUUCAGGAUGAGAAAUCAACUAUUGGCGAGUUAAUCGAUUGUCAGAAUUACAGCGAUUAUGAGAAACUCGUUCGUGUCACCUGCUACGUGGUUCGCUUCGUAAAAAGUGUGCGGAAAAUGAAAGAACACCGACCAUCAUCCUCGGAGCUAGACGAAAUCGAAUUGUCCGAAGCAGAAAUUUUGUGGAUAAAAGACGCCCAGAGAUACUUUCGAGCAGAGCCUAAUUUCAAGCAAAGAAAAAGGUCGUUGCGACUGUUCGAAGAUGAGGAUGGAAUUUUAAGAUCGCAAGGAAGACUGGAUUUCACUCGAUUACCUUACUGUACACGUCAUCCAGCAGUUUUGCCAAGGGGUCAUCAUAUCACAACACUGAUCGUUAGAAAAUGUCAUAGCCGAGUCAUGCACAAUGGGGUUAACGAGAUACUGGUGGAAUUGCGAUCCAAGUAUUGGGUAGUUAAGGGAAGACAGGAAGUUCGAAAGGUAAUUUCCAGAUGUACUACAUGCAAACGAAUUGAAGGCAAAUGUUACCGAGCACCAUUGCCACCUCCACUACCUCGAUUUAGAGUGUCCGAAGACUUCGCUUAUACGCAGUUGGGAGUGGACUUUGCAGGUCCGGUGUACGUAAAGAAUGUUUAUACUCGAGCUAAGACGACGUACAAGGCUUACAUCGCCUUAUUUACAUGUGCCUCUACACGCGGCAUUCAUUUGGAACUAACUCCUGAUCUUUCUGCGCAAGCUUUCGUUCGAAGUCUACAGCGUUUCAUAGGACGACGCGGAGUACCUAGCUUCCUUGUAUCGGACAAUGGGAAGACUUUCAAGAAUUCUACUGUAAAGAAAUUUGUACAGCAGUAUGGUAUCACCUGGAAAUUUAAUGUCGCUCGUGCCCCAUGGUGGGGUGGAUUUUUUGAACGCUUGGUGCGCUGUGUCAAACGAUGUUUGAAAAAGACUCUCGGCAAUGCUCGUGUUUCCUUUGAAGAAUUCGAGACUGUUUUAAUUCAAGUGGAAGGAAUUCUGAAUUCACGUCCACUCACGUACGUGCACGAAGAAAUGAGCGAACCACUCACGCCUUCAACCAUGUGUGUUGGUCGACGAUUGUUAAGUAAUCCAAUAACGCAGGAGAAGAAAACCAACGACAACCUAGUUGAUGAUGCAAGAAGGAGAGAGAGGUUCCUGACUCGAGUAUUAAAUCAUUUCUGGGAACGCUGGCGUAAGGAAUAUUUGACGGAACUACGAGAACAGCACAAAGUAAAGAAUGGUUCAGCAGGUGAUUCGAUCAGCCAGGGAGACAUUGUUGUGGUUCAUGAAGAUAAAAUUCCUCGACAGCUAUGGAAAGUCGGUAGAGUUGAUGAUUUAAUGCGUGGUCGAGACAGGAAUGUACGUGCAGCAACUAUUAGAACAUCGUCUGGAGGUCGAGUGCAGUAACUACAAAGACCGAUUCAACGAUUGUAUCCAAUAGAAAUUCCUACGAAAAACCCAGAGACUGUUCCACAGAGAAAGUUCGUUCGAGACAAUGUGCCUAAUGCAAUACAAAACUUUAAUACUUGAUUGUAAACAUUGAUCUGUUAAUUAAGCUACGAGACAUUGUGUUGACAUUUAUUGAUUAAUGACAAUGGACAGUUGAUUGACCUUGGUCAAUCAAGGUGGGAGUGUAUAGAAAAUAAUUGACAUUAUCGCGAUAAAUUAUGCAUGACGUAGAAAUUAUGCAUGACGUAAUGAUGGCGCAAUGUGCUGUUUUUGUAAUCUGUAUGUUUUGAAGUUCUGAUCGAGGUUUAUCAAGAAAAUAAUCAACAUUUAUCGAAGUUUAUCAGAAGUAAUCAACAUUUUAUUUCAGCCUGCAACGCAGGCGAAAUACUUGGGCGAUAUACUUGGCCGAUCGAAGAAAGUAUUCUCUUUUAUAUUUUCAGGUAAUUGGAUAAUCUGCUCUUCUUAGCGAAACAGUCCAGCUGUCCCCGGGGUGGGGGAUUUGCUACUGAUAUUUUGCCCUACUGCCGGGCAUUUUCACGUGUUUUUUAUUCCCGCCCCCGGGAAUUUGUUGGAUUUGACUGAUACAUUAGUGCACAAACGAAGGCAGAGAUUGACUCUGAGUCAGAAAUUCCCCUUCUAUAUCAUUGGCUGCAGCCUAUUCAUUUCAAUGUUUUGCCUUCUAUCAAAAUAUGCAGAAUUCUACGAAAAUUUAAAAUCUGGCGCUACCUUAAGGCAUAGACCUGCGCAGCCCGUUCUAGAGCCAGUUUUCUUCGACAGCCGCGCGCGCGGCUCGUUUCUUCUGCAUAGAUCUUGACAAUUCGCGCAUAUUUAAAAAGUGCCUUUCGAAAUAAGAAUUAUUUUCGAACGAAAGUGCAUUCAAAAUAUGCCCCAGAACAUAUACUUUCCAUUACUGGAGCUACCUAAACACGAAUGUAAGAGGACAAGAAGCGCAUACGAAAAAACAUCAAAUUUUGCGGCAAAUUUGUAUUGCAAAAGUUGGAAAUAUGACACGCGAAAUAUGAGUAGACUUUUUAUUAACACUAAGUUUGAUAUGAUCGUCCAAACAGCCAUUGGCUGGUUUAAAUUGAGUACGGAUGUAUAUUGCCUGAUUUAGCAUUAAUUUUACUACAACUGGUUAAAAUUUAUGCAAAGAUUGCUUAAACGUUGCUUAAAAAUAGGGCAACCUGUUGCCCCCGUGCUGCCCCCGCACUGUUUGGGCAGCGGGGGCAGUUGCCCCCGCUACCCCCAUGGCUCCGCCGCCCCUGCGUGCAAGCGCCACGCCCGCGAGCGUGAAAGAUUUUCACGUGCAAACUUUCUGUGACUUGAUAAGAGAGAAAAGAACAUGCAUUUCUGGUCUACCUAUGGUCGUAUACGAGUUGAUUAAUUGACUAAAACUAACUUAUGUUUCAGAUUUAUCAGGGAAAUGUCGCAAUGGCCAGACAGUUUUCGACGCGUGCGGACGACGCUGCAAAUGCCAGGCUGGCAGGCUUGUUCAAUGCUGCAGACUACGGAAAGAAUUUACCGAUAUGACUUUUGAAGAACGAGUUCGAUACAUAAACACAGUCAAAACCGCCUCAUCCGUCUUGCCUUUCAAAACAAGUUACGAGAGCUUGCUAACUUUGCACAGAAUUCAGUUCAAUACUCCUAUUCACCGGAGAGAUUUUUUCCUUCCAUGGCAUCGCUGGUUUAUAAUAGAAUAUGAAAACCUUUUGAGGAAAAUUGAUUGCCGGGUGACCGUGCCAUAUUGGGACUGGAGUCUCGUGGGUGCUAGUCCCUUCACGAGCAAUUUCUGGAACACAGGCGCCAGCGGUUUUGGUGGGAACGGCAAACCCCCUGGAGGCUGUGUCAAUACAGGCCCAUUUCGAGCCGGGCAGUUCUCACUCGUCGCUUCGGCCGGAGGGGGCUGCCUGACUCGAAACUUUAAAGGCCGAGCUCCCGAUGCUGUUGCAGUUGCAAUUCUUCUCACUAUCACCCCUGCGAAUUUUUUUCAAUUUGAGGCAGCACUGAGAGGGCCUUUUCACGAUGACAUUCAUUGCAUCAUUGAUGGGACAAUGUGCACCAUAGACGCUGCCUCGGCGCCUGAAUUUUUCCUACAUCAUGGAUUUGUUGAUAAAAUUUGGUAUGUGUUUGUGAAGCUUUAAUUUCGACCAAAUUUUGGAAUUUUCAGUUAAUUUUUUUUUCUUUACAGACUUGUUAUGUAUUUUAAUCCCUUUAAACUUUGGGUAUACUAAUCUUUCUUACUGGCAGUUGAGUCCCUUACACGAUUUGGCCCGGCUCUUUCAUGCACACACAUAAAAAAAACGCGCAAGCUGUUACAGAUCUGGGGCCGAUUAUUCAAAGGUGGGUUAGCGCAAACCCACACUAAAUUUAACCAUGCUGUUUUGGUUUGUGUUUUUCUGCACGUCUAUUUAUUUCAAAACGUCAGAGAAGUAAACUCCUAUGUCGAUCCAGACAAGAUUUCUGAAGAAGCAUUUCCAGAUUUAUAGACACGCUGUCAGGAAUUAGGCUGAUCGGCUUUCGAACAACCGUCCCCUGCAAACAAGUUGUAACAAGGUUCUUGAUACACAAUACCGCGGGAUAUCUUCGCCCUGCUUGUUCCCAGCUGUAGUGACAAGUCUGGAACAAGUUGUUAUCAUUUUGUUACAAGGUUGAUGAGUGUAUCUGCAGACUUGCUACAAGUUGUUCCGACAAGUUGGUACAAGUUUGUUGUCAUUAACUUAUUAACAACUUGCUACGAACAAUCUGUAUGUGAACAACCUAGAGUAAGCCUGUUACAGUCAUCAAACAAAGUGAUUAACAAUUACUUAAGUGUUCCAGUCUUCCAGACGUGUCUCAAUAACUGGGAACAAGCAGUACGAACACGUCUUGAUAUCAGCUUGACUACAACCUUAUAUAGAUCUUACAUAUAUCUGUAAUAACCUGCAUGAGCGUUUUAUGUGUGUAUUUUUCAUGAAAUAAAUAAUCUUUAUCAACAUUAUUCAACACUUUAUGCACAAACAGGUCUGACUGGCAGAAAAUGAGCAAUGCGCACCAAUUCAACACAUUUUUCCAGAACCAUCCCAGUAUAAUGACUUCCACUCCAUAUCGUCCAAGAGAACUGUUAGAUCUGAGUAACCAGCCUGGGUGUAUCUGUGCCGAAUAUGUGGACCCGAAGAGCAGCGUGUACCGAGCAGUUAAAGGUCU